AACACCGUUAAAGCAUGCACUAGUUUUAUAAUUUGUCAUGCCAGAAGUUCUCUAACACAAUUAUACCAACCUUUCUCCAACAACAGACUUAGCUCUCCAUUUAUAUUUGAUGCAACAUGUUUUGAAACAAUCUCAUACUAAGAUUUCAUCAGACAACAGCAAUCUUAAGUCUCAUACUCUUAGCUUCCACAUUUAGCCAAUAUGUCACAGAACGGCAAGAACAUUAAUGGUGCAUCCAAGUACUUUUUCCAACCAUCGACGCGGCUUCCUACUCCAGGAAAAGCCACCAUUCUUGCCAUGGGCAAAGCCUUCCCUGCACAACUUGUCCCUCAGGAUUGCUUGGUUGAAGGCUACAUUCGCGAUACCAACUGUCAAGAUUUGGCUAUUAAGGAGAAGUUGGAGCGCCUUUGUAAAACUACUACUGUGAAGACCAGAUAUACAGUGAUGUCAAAGGAAAUCUUGGACAAGUAUCCAGAACUAGCAACUGAAGGCACACCAACAAUCAGACAAAGGCUAGAAAUUGCAAAUCCAGCAGUUGUGGAAAUGGCAAAACAAGCAAGCCAAGCUUGCAUUAAGGAAUGGGGAAGAUCAGCAGAGGAAAUCACACACAUUGUGUAUGUUUCCUCAAGUGAAAUACGUUUACCAGGAGGUGAUCUUUACCUUGCAACUGAGCUUGGAUUGAGGAAUGACAUUGGACGCGUAAUGCUGUAUUUCUUGGGCUGCUAUGGUGGUGUCACAGGCCUUAGAGUUGCUAAAGAUAUAGCUGAAAACAAUCCAGGGAGCAGAGUUCUAUUGACAACUUCUGAGACCACAAUUCUUGGUUUUAGGCCACCUAAUAAUGCCAGGCCAUAUGAUCUUGUUGGUGCUGCACUUUUCGGAGAUGGAGCUGCUGCUGUUAUUAUUGGAACUGAACCAAUUGUAGGAAAAGAAUCUCCUUUCAUGGAAUUGAAUUUUGCAACUCAGCAAUUCUUGCCAGGGACAAAUAAUGUUAUCGAUGGGCGACUUACUGAAGAAGGGAUAAACUUCAAAUUAGGAAGGGACCUGCCUGAGAAAAUACAGGACAACAUUGAGGAAUUUUGCAAGAAACUUAUGGCUAAGGCUGAUUUGAAGGAAACUAAAUACAAUGACUUGUUCUGGGCUGUUCAUCCGGGCGGACCGGCUAUACUUAACAGAUUGGAGAACACACUGAAGUUGCAAAGUGAGAAACUGGAUUGUAGCAGAAGGGCAUUGAUGGAUUUUGGAAAUGUGAGUAGCAAUACUAUUUUCUAUGUGAUGGAGUAUAUGAGGGAAGAGUUGAAGAAUAAGAAAGAUGAAGGUGAAGAAUGGGGACUUGCUUUAGCAUUUGGUCCUGGAAUCACUUUUGAAGGCAUUCUCCUUAGGAGUCUCUAA